AUGCCGGUUCCCGCUGCCAGGGAGAUGCUGCGCGGCACGGCUGUGAAGCCGGCCGCGGCUGGGCGUGGCCGCGCGGCGCGGCGCUCCGUGGGCGUGCGCGCGGGCGCGAAGGAGCUGCACUUCAACAAGAACGGCGAGGCGCUGAAGCGGAUGCAGGCGGGCGUGGACAAGCUGGCGACGGUGGUGGGCGUGACGCUGGGCCCCAAGGGGCGCAACGUGGUGCUCGAGACCAAGUACGGGUCGCCGAAGAUCGUGAACGACGGCGUGACGGUGGCGCGCGAGGUGGAGCUGGAGGACCCCGUGGAGAACAUCGGCGCGAAGCUGGUGCGGCAGGCGGCGGCGAAGACGAACGACCUGGCGGGCGACGGGACGACGACGGCCACCAUCCUGUCGGCGGCGCUCAUCGCGGAGGGCCUCAAGGUCGUGGCGGCGGGGUCGAACCCGAUCCAGAUCACGCGCGGGAUGGACAAGACGGUGCGCGCGCUGACGACGGUGCUGCGCGACCUGUCGACGGACCUGCGCGACGACGACGACAUCAAGAACGUGGCGACGGUGUCGGCGGGCGGGAACGAGGAGAUCGGCGCGCUGAUCUCGCAGGCGAUGGCCAAGGUGGGCCGGCAGGGCGUGGUGACGAUGGAGGAGUCGAAGACGGCGCAGGACGCGCUGUACUUCGUCGAGGGCAUGCAGUUCGACCGCGGGUACAUCUCGCCGUACUUCGUGACGGACCCGGAGCGCAUGGUGGCGGAGUACGAGAACUGCCGGCUGCUGCUCGUGGACAAGAAGAUCGCGUCGGCGCGCGAGAUGGUCACGCUGCUCGAGGCGGCCAUCCGCGGCAACUACCCGCUGCUCAUCAUGGCCGAGGACAUCGAGCAGGAGGCGCUCGCGACGCUGGUCGUGAACAAGCUGCGCGGGAACCUCAAGGUCGUCGCGGUCAAGGCGCCGGGCUUCGGGGAGCGCAAGACGCAGUACCUGGAGGACAUUGCCAUCCUGACGGGCGCGACGGUGGUCAAGGAGGAGCUGGGCAUCACGCUGGAGAAGGCGGACGAGUCGGUGCUCGGCGUGGCGAGCAAGGUCGACAUCGGGAAGGAGCGCACGGUGGUCGUCGGCGACGGGUCGACGGAGGCGGAGGUGUCGGCGCGCGUGCGGCAGAUCCGCGCGCUGAUCGAGGCGACCGAGCAGGAGUACGAGCGCGAGAAGCUGAACGAGCGCGUGGCGCGGCUGUCGGGCGGCGUGGCGAUCAUCCAGGUGGGCGGCCAGACGGAGACGGAGCUCAAGGAGAAGAAGCUGCGCGUGGAGGACGCGCUGUGCGCGACGCGCGCGGCGGUCGAGGAGGGCAUCGUCAUCGGCGGCGGGUGCACGCUGCUCAAGCUCGCGGCCGCCAUCGAGGACAUCAAGAAGGACCUCCCCAACGAGGAGCAGCGCGUGGGCGCCGACAUUGUGCGCAAGGCCCUGCAGUACCCCAUCAAGCUGGUCGCGUCCAACGCCGGCGUCAACGGGAGCGUGGUCAUGAACAAGGUCAUGGAGGCGGGGGACAAGGACUACGGGUACAACGCCGCCACGGGGGAGUUCGAGAACCUGAUGGAGUCGGGCAUCAUCGACCCCACCAAGGUCAUCCGGUGCUGCAUCGAGAACGCGUCCUCGGUCGCCAGGACCUUCCUCACCGCCGACGUCGUCGUCACGCAGAUCCCCGAGGACGAGCCCGCCGCCGCCGGCGCCGACGCCAUGGGCAUGGGCGGCUACUAG